CCACGGAAAAGACAGAGCUCGAGAAAUACCGAAACAAAUAAAAUAUUCAAACCAAUCAUCAUGUUAAGGGUCCUGACCUCCACAUGUCGGUUCCACGCUGGCACGUCAUCGUUUGGGGUACAACUCCGUCCCGGGCCCACCUUCGACGCUGCCUCUCCAAUUCUUUGGGUCUUGAACUCCCUCCGAGGAGCUAAUACAAAAAGGUCGUAUUUUUAUAGCCGGUUCUUCUGCUCCGACUCGUCUGAUGGGUCCAACCCGGCGGAAACUGGGUCCUUGGCCAAAGAGGUUGAUGGGGCUGCGACUGAGUCUGAAUCGAAGUCUUCGUCAGCUAUUGUUCCCACUGUAUUUAGACCUGAAGAUUAUUUAACGGUUAUAGCAUUACCCCUGCCACACAGGCCAUUAUUUCCUGGAUUUUAUAUGCCCAUAUAUGUGAAGGAUCCAAAAUUGUUAGCAGCUUUAGUGGAGAGUAGAAAACGGCAAGCUCCUUAUGCUGGUGCUUUCCUACUUAAAGAUUAGGCAGUAUCUGAGGGUACAGAUGAAAAAAAAAUUUAUGAUCUCAAAGGAAAAGAGUUAUUUAAUCGCCUUCAUGAAGUUGGUACGCUGGCGCAGAUUACAAGCAUCCAAGGAGAUCAGGUGAUUCUUAUUGGUUACAGGCGACUUCGAAUGACUGAGAUGGUUAGUGAGGAUCCUCUUACGGUCAAGGUCGAUCAUCUCAAGGAAAAGCGUUAUGAUAAGGAUGACGAUGUUCUUAAGGCAACAUCAUUUGAAGUUAUAUCAACUCUUAGAGAUGUUUUGAAAACUAGUUCACUUUGGCGGGAUCAUGUACAAACUUACACUCAGCAUAUAGGUGAUUUUAAUUAUCCAAGAUUAGCAGAUUUUGGAGCUGCAAUAUCAGGUGCAAACAAAUCACAGUGCCAGCAAGUGCUUGAAGAACUAGAUGUUCAUCGACGACUAAAACUUACUCUGGAGUUAGUGAAGAAAGAGAUGGAGAUCAGUAAGAUCCAGGAAUCAAUAGCGAAGGCGAUUGAAGAAAAGAUAAGUGGAGAGCAGCGACGCUACUUGUUGAAUGAGCAGCUCAAGGCCAUAAAGAAGGAAUUAGGAGUAGAGACUGAUGACAAAACCGCGCUUUCUGCAAAGUUCAGGGAAAGGCUUUACCCAAAGAAAGAGAAAAUCCCACCUCAUGUUUUGCUAGUCAUAGAAGAAGAAUUAACAAAACUACAAUUAUUGGAAGCUAGUUCAAGUGAAUUUAAUGUGACACGUAAUUAUCUUGAUUGGUUGACUGCAUUGCCAUGGGGUGAAUACAGUGAUGAGAACUUUGAUGUAAUACGGGCACAAAAGAUUCUCGAUGAAGACCAUUAUGGAUUAACUGACGUCAAAGAAAGGAUAUUGGAGUUUAUAGCUGUGGGGAAACUGAGAGGAACCUCACAAGGUAAAAUCAUAUGCCUCUCUGGGCCUCCAGGAGUAGGAAAAACUAGUAUUGGUCAUUCAAUUGCCCGGGCCUUGAACCGUAAGUUCUACCGGUUUUCAGUUGGUGGUUUGUCCGAUGUUGCUGAAAUUAAGGGGCAUCGUCAAACAUAUAUUGGUGCCAUGCCGGGGAAGAUGGUGCAAUGUUUGAAAAGUGUGGGAACUGCUAACACUCUAGUUCUGAUUGAUGAGAUAGACAAGUUGGGAAGUGGACACGCAGGAGAUCCAGCAAGUGCAAUGCUGGAACUUCUCGAUCCAGAGCAGAAUGCAAACUUUCUAGACCACUACCUUGAUGUCCCAAUUGAUUUAUCAAAGGUUUUAUUUGUUUGUACUGCAAAUGUAGUUGAAAUGAUACCGAACCCACUCUUGGAUAGAAUGGAAGUAAUUUCAAUUGCUGGUUAUAUUACUGAUGAGAAGAUGCACAUUGCAAAAGAUUAUUUGGGGAAAGCUACUCGUGAAGCUUGUGGUAUCAAGCCUGAACAGGUUGAGGUGACCGAUGCAGCCCGUCUUGCUUUAAUUGAAAAUUACUGCAGAGAAGCUGGAGUCCGGAAUCUUCAAAAGCAAAUAGAGGAGAUAUACCGAAAGAUUGCUCUACAAUUUGUGCGAGGAGAAGCACACAUUGAACCUACUGUUACUGGGGUUCAUAUUCAACAUGAUGAGGUGAAGGCAGAAUCUGAUCUAUCUAAUGAAACCAUGAUUGAAGGAGUAGGGGCCGGUUCAGUUGAUGGCAGCACUGAUGGAAAGGAUUCUGAAACUGAAGUGGAAGCUGAAAUAGUGGUGGUGGAUUCCCCAGCUGACCAAAUUCCAUCUUGUAAUCAAUCCAGUACUUUGGAGGACACUUCCGAAGCUGGAAAAAUUCAGGAAAGUGAAGAAACCAGCACAGAGAAAAAGGUCUUGGUCGAUGCAUCUAACCUUGUCGAUUUUGUUGGCAAGCCUGUUUUCCAUGCUGAGCGCUUAUAUGAUCAAACACCAGUUGGAGUUGUAAUGGGUCUUGCUUGGACUGCAGCGGGUGGCUCUACGCUUUAUGUAGAGACCUCUGACAUUGAGCAAGGAGAAGGCAAGGGGUGCCUUAAUCUUACAGGACAACUCGGAGAUGUGAUGAAGGAAAGUGCACAGAUUGCUCACACCGUUGCCCGGGCCAUAUUGCAGGAUCCAGGCAACCUCUUCUUUACCAAUUUAAAGCUUCAUCUUCAUGUUCCUGCUGGUGCCACCCCGAAGGACGGUCCAAGUGCUGGUUGCACAAUGAUAACAUCCUUGCUAUCUCUUGCCAUGAAUAAGCCUGUUAAGAAGGACCUAGCGAUGACUGGAGAAGUCACGCUAACUAGAAAAAUUCUUCCCAUUGGUGGGGUUAAGGAAUAGACAAUUGCUGCAAGGCGAAAUGACGUGAAGACCAUCAUCUUCCCCUCAGCUAACCGGAGAGAUUUUGAUGAGCUAGCAUCGAAUGUGAAGGAAGGCCACGAGGUACAUUUUGUAGAUGAUUACAGUCAAAUAUUUGAUUUGGCUUUUGACUAUAGCCAGAAGAUAGAAUAAAAUAUACAUUCUUGCUGAGUAAUCUUCGACUGGAAGUCUUUUCAAGGCUGGAAAACGGGACGUUUCUUCAUUCCCAUUCUUUUGAACAAUAUCUGCAGAGAAUGUCACGUGUAUACUGUAAGUUAUGCCCGGACGAGCCACUGUUGCUCAUUUAAUCUUAGGUAUAUUUCGGUAUGAAGCUAAGUUCAUGUACGGUUUUGAUAUAGGGGUAAAGUUCAUGUAUGAUUUUGGUACGAGGUGAAAUUCAUGAACUAUUCGCCCAUUUAACCAACCACCCUAUUUUUGACAUUAUCUUACAAAAGAAAUUAACUUCA